AUGGCGUCCAUCGUUUACAAGAAGGGGGAGCGUCUGCCCCUUGUGAGGAAGGGACCGACGACGGAUCAUGAGUUGGGAGGCAAGAGUCCUGCUGAACUGGGCGGGUGCAUGAGCAACGUUUUCUUCUCGUGGCUCACGCCGCUCUUGGAUCUUGGGAACAAGCGCCCCCUCGAGUUCGACGACUUGUACCAGUUGAAUGUUGACGACCGCGCCGCGCAAAUCUCGUUGACGUUCAAGAAGAACUGGGAGCAUGAACUCACGAAGCCGAAGCCGCGCCUUUGGUGGGCACUGGCUGGUUCGUUUGGCGGCCCGUUUGCAGCAGCCGGGUUCCUCAAGCUUUUGAACGAUUUGCUGCAGUUUGUCGGACCGAUGGUGAUCAAGUACAUCAUUGAGUUCCUGAGCGACCCCGCUGCGGAAUUGAGCACGGGAUUGCAAUAUGCGUUGGCGAUCUUUGUCUCGGGGGUUGUGCAGUCGUUUUCAUUUCGUCAGUACCUUUUCCUGUGCUUUGAAACCGGGUUGCGCUUCCGUUCGGCGGUUGUUACGGCCGUGUACCAAAAGUCGCUUGUCCUGGCGACGUCGGCCCGCGCCAAGAAGUCGACAGGGCAAAUCACCAACCUCAUGAGUGUAGACGCCCAGCGGGUUCAGGACAUAGCCAUCUACCUGCAUGCGACCUGGUUCGCGCUGUUUCAGAUCAUCAUUUCGUCCUACUUGUUGUACUUGCAAUUAGGCGUAGCGUUCCUUGCCGGUGUGAUUGUCAUGCUACUGAUCAUUCCCGCGACGGCCGUGAUCUCCAAGUACAUGCGAACGCAGCAAGGGGCGCUCAUGGCGGUCAAGGACGAACGCGUCAAGGUCGUGUACGAAGUGCUCAGUGGCAUCAAAGUGAUCAAGCUCCAGGCGUGGGAAAACGCGUUUACAAACCGCGUGAUGCAGUUUCGCAGCAACGAACUGGACCGCCUUCGCACAUACAUGUACGCCCGCGCGGGGUCCAGCAUGGUGUUGAAUGGCGUGCCAUCGUUGGUCACGGUCGCGUCGUUCUUUGCGUACAUUUACAUGGGCAAUUCGCUGGACGUGGGUACGGCGCUGACGUCGCUGGCGCUGUUCAACAUCUUGCGCCUCCCGCUGUUCAUGCUGCCCAGCGUGAUCCACUUCCUCGUGGAAGCGCAAGUGAGUUUCUCGCGCUUGGAAGAGUUCUUCGCGAUGGAAGAGCGCGAGCCGGUGACCGCGGGACCGUUGAAGGAAACCGCCAUCUUGCUCCAACAUGCUGACUUUGAAUGGGAUGCGGCCCAAGACACCAAUGCCGUGAAAAACGCCGAAGUUGGGCCUAUCUUGCACAAUCUCAACCUUAAAGUCGCCGACGGGAGCUUGGUGGCGGUGGUGGGGGCCGUCGGGUCUGGCAAGAGUACGCUGUUGUCUGGGAUCUUGGGCGAUGCUCGCUGCGCCAAAGGCCAAGUACACCGCUCUGGGUCUGUGGCAUAUGUGAGCCAGCAGCCAUUCAUCCAAAACGCAACUCUGCGAGACAACAUCACGUUUGGAUUGGCCUUCGACCACGCGCGGUACCAAACUGCCAUUCGUGUGAGCAGCCUCUUGGAAGAUCUCAAGAUUUUGCCUGGUGGCGACCUCACUGAAAUCGGCGAAAAAGGAAUCAACUUGAGUGGCGGACAGCGCACCCGUGUGGCCAUCGCCCGGGCCGUGUACCAAGAUGCGGACAUUUACUUGUUGGACGACCCGCUGGCGGCGGUGGACGCCCAUGUGGGGUCGGACAUUUUCAAGCAGUGCAUCAAGACGGCGUUGAAUGGCAAGUUGGUCGUGUUGGUCACGAACGGACUCAACUUCCUCAAGGACUGCGACUCGGUGGUGGUGCUGGAGCAGGGUCGCAUCGUCGAACAAGGAGCGUACCAGAGUUUGGUGGACAAGGUCGACGGGGUCUUGGCCAAGAUGAUGGAAAGCGUUCAAGAAGCCCCCAACAAGGAAGAAGACACCGACUCGCCUCGUGAAAACGAUCAAGAAGAAGACGAGCGAGAACAUGAUACGCGCCAACGCACCGAAUCCAACCGCAGCGACGUGGACACGGAUAAGGUCGCCAACGCCGCUUUGAUUUCCGACGAAGACCGCAGUACCGGCGACGUGCCGUGGUCAACGUACAAGGUGUGGAUCGAUGCGUGCGGUGGCUUGGGCAUGGGGUUCAUCGUGAUAUUCUUCUACGUCCUGACCAACUGCGUCAACUUGUUGUCUACGUUUUGGCUGUCGUACUGGAGUGAAAGCGCGGCCGACACAGCGCACAGUCAGUUUUACUACCUGUACAUCUUCAUGGGGCUAAACGUGGGAGUGAUCACGCUCAUGUUUGUGCAAAGUCUGGUGCUGUACGUGACGGGUCUUCGCGGGUCCACGCUCAUGUUCAACCAGUUGCUGACCCAAGUGCUUCGUGCGCCCAUGUCGUUCUUCGACACCACUCCGUUGGGCCGCAUCGUGAACCGCAUGAGCAAGGACGUGUACGCGAUCGACGAGACGAUUCCUGGGGUCUGGGGCAUGUUGUUCGGCACGGUGUUCAGCGUCAUCACGACCAUUUGCACAGUGAUAUAUGUGACACCGUGGUUUUCCGUCAUUUUGAUCCCGUUGGGCAUCUUGUACUAUGCCAGCCAGCGCUACUUCAUCAAGACAUCGCGGGAAUUGCAACGGUUGGACAGCAUCUCCCGCUCCCCUGUGUAUGCCUUGCUCACCGAAACUCUGGAAGGCCUUCCCACCAUCCGAGCCUUUGGCGUGGAGCCUCAGUUUGCCGCUCGCAACGAAGACAUGCUCGAUCGCAACCAGCGCGCGUACUUUUUGAACUUCAGCGCCAAUUGCUGGCUCUCGCUGCGCUUGGAAUUUGCGGGCACAGUGGUCGCCACGGCGGCGGCACUGUUUGCCGUGUUGGGCCAUGAAGCCAACGCUGGCGUGGCCUUUGCUGGAUUGGCGGGUGUGUCGCUGUCGUAUGCGUUCAACGUCACUCAAAAUCUCAACUCGAGUGUCCGCAUGUUGAGUAUGGUGCAAUCCAAAAUGGUCAGCGUCGAGCGCAUCCACGCGUACACGACGAUGGAAGCGGAGGCGGAAUUGAAGGCCGAGCCCAUCAAGCAGCUGGAAUUGGAAAACGCGAAAUGGCCAUCCCAAGGCAAACUCACCUUUAAGGACGUGGAUCUGCGAUACCGCAGGGGCCUUCCCCGAGUGUUGCGACAGCUGACGUUUACGAUCAACGCCAACGAGAAGAUUGGGAUUGUGGGGCGUACGGGCGCUGGCAAGUCGUCGCUCGUGGUGGCGUUGAUGCGGUUGGUGGAGUUGGAUGGCGGAGUUAUCACCCUGGACGACGUGGACAUUUCGACGAUCGGCCUGCACGACCUCCGGGACAAAGUGUCGAUCAUUCCCCAGGACCCAGUGCUGUUUUCAGGCACCAUCCGGUCCAACUUGGAUCCGUUCGACCGGUGCGGCGACGAUGCCAUUUGGACGGCCAUCAAGCGUGCGAAUCUGCACCAGGCCGUGACGGCGUUGGACGACAAGGUGGGCGAGCGUGGCCAGAACUUCAGCGUGGGCGAGCGGCAGUUGAUUUGCAUCGCCCGUGCGCUGCUGAAGAAGUCCAAGGUGAUUUUGAUGGACGAAGCCACGGCGUCGAUCGAUGCCAACACGGACCGACUGAUCCAAGAAAGCAUCCACGACUCGUUCAAGGACUGCACGUGUCUCACGAUUGCGCAUCGCAUCAACACCAUCUUGGACAGCGACCGCAUCCUCGUGAUGGACAAGGGAUCGGCGGCCGAGUUCGACACGCCCGCGCAAUUGCUCAAGAACCCCAACGGCAUCUUCACCAAUCUCGUCGAACAUUGGCGUGACGACAAGAAGUCGGCUUAA